AUAUAUAUAAGCCACUUUCUCUUACCAUUUUGGCUUGACAGGUAAAGUUUUUCUAAGUCUCUUGAGUUUGAGCUACUACCCCAAUGGAUGAGAUUGAAAUUCCUCAAUAUUUCAUCUGCCCCAUAUCGCUGCAAAUCAUGAAAGACCCUGUUACAGCUGUUACAGGCAUUACUUACGACAGAGAAAGCAUAGAGCAAUGGCUGAAGACAGCCAAGGACACCAUUUGCCCUGUAACCAAGCAGGUUUUGCCAUCCGGUUCUUGUUUAACGCCAAAUCACACGCUCCGGCGGCUGAUUCAGGCUUGGUCCACGGAAAAUGCUAGCGGUGGUAUCGAUAGGGUCCCUACACCGAAAUCUCCUCUCUGUAAGAGUCGUCUUCUUAAAGUCAUUCGUGAACUUGAAGUUCCUGGUUUGUAUGUAAAUGCUUUGAAAAAAUUGCAAGUCCUAGCGAAGGACAAUAGCAAGUUUAUGGAGGAAGCUGGUGUCCCUAAAGCUAUGGUUUUGUUGUUGAUAAGAUGUUGUAAUCAAAGUAAAACUAUUGGUGUUGAACAAGCUUUGAGAAUUCUAUAUCUUACUUGGACACCAUCUGGUGAAAUCAAGGCUGCUGUGAAUGAAAAUCACCGAAUCAUCGACUGUUUAACAUGGAUUCAAGGGUGUGACAUUGCGAAUCCUGUUGUUGUCAAGACUCUUGCCAUGCAAGUCCUGAAAAGAGUGAUUGAGGCUGCAAAUACAAGGUUGCUGGAGAAAUUGAAACCCGAAUUCAUGGAAGAAAUGUUAAGGGUACUUAAACUGAAAUUCUCUCAACAAGCAACCAAAUCCGCCUUGCAAAUUCUGAUACAAGUAUGCCUUUGGGGAAGAAACAGAUCAAAAAUCGUCCAAGCCAACGCGAUGUUCGAGCUCGUCGAAUUGGAACUCGAAAAACCCGAAAAGAACAUCACUGAACUGAUCUUCAACCUUUUGGCACAUCUAUGCUCAUGCGCUGAUGGAAGAGCCGAGUUUCUUAGCCAUGCAGGAAGCAUAGCUAUGGUGGCUAAAAGGAUCCUAAGAGUGUCACCAGCAACAGAUGAUCAAGCUGUUCACAUACUUUCAUUAAUCUCCAAAAAUACAGCAACAAAAGAAGUCCUUUCAGAGAUGUUGAGGGUUGGGGCGGUAACAAAGCUUUGCAUGGUGAUUCAAGCUGAUUGUUCAACCUAUCUCAAACAGAAAGCCAGAGAGGUCCUCAGAUUGCACUCUAAUUUAUGGAAUAAUUCUCCUUGUAUUGCUGUUUAUCUGUUAACCAGGUACCAAAGGUAGCCUUGGUGACUAAAUUAUAGGAAUGAUCACAGUUUAGAGUUGAUUAACAUGGAUACCGGAUGAAAAUGAAGAAAUGUGUAUAGUGUAUAGUUGAUAAAGGUAAAAAUCAGAAUCCAAAUCUGUGUCGUCUUCUCCUAAACAUUUGAAUUCAAACUUGGGUUUGAGUUCUUAAUUUGACAGUCAAUCACAUCUACCUAUUUUAUAUUUCACACCUCAGAAA